AUGGGAGACCGCUUGGGACAGAAAGGCCCGGCUGGGCGGAGACGAAUGCCCUUUCUCUUUUUGCUGUCUUUGUUCAGCCCGGUGCUCCCGGAGCAGAUCCGCUACACUAUUCCUGAGGAGCUGGCCAUGGGCUCACUCGUGGGGAACCUCGCCAAGGAUCUGGGGCUUGGCGUGCGAGAAUUGCCUACCCGAAACCUGCGGAUUAGUGCACAGAAGAAAUUCUUUACAGUGAGUACUGAGAACGGGGACUUAGUUGUGAGCGACCGUAUAGACCGAGAGCAGGUUUGUGGCAAGAAGUCAACGUGUGUUCUAGAAUUCGAAAUGGUCGCUGAAAAGCCUUUGAACUUCUUUCAUAUAAGUGUGGUAAUUCAGGAUGUCAAUGACAACCCACCGACCUUUAGCCGAAAUAUCACUGAACUGGAAAUCAGUGAACUGGCCCUAACUGGAGCCACUUUUUCCCUGGAAUCCGCGCAAGAUUCAGAUGUAGGUGUCAAUUCCCUGCAGCAAUACUACCUCAACCCAAACCCGCACUUUUCUUUGAUUCAGAAGGAGAACCCAGAUGGCAGUAGGUACCCAGAACUGGUAGUGAAGACUCCCCUGGACAGGGAAGAGCAGUCUUACCACCACCUGGUCCUCACCGCUGUGGAUGGGGGGGACCCAUCUAGAAGCUGCACUACCCAGAUAAGGGUGGUUGUGGCAGAUGCAAAUGAUAACCCACCAGUGUUCACCCAGGAUGUGUACAGGGCCAGUGUUCGAGAGAACCUACCAGUGGGCUCCUCUGUACUAAGUGUGAUGGCCACUGACUUGGACGAGGGGGUCAAUGCUGAGAUCACAUAUGCUUUCAUCAACAUUGGUAAUGUAGUGAGACAGCUGUUCAAGCUGGACAAUAAAACAGGGGAACUCACCACUGGUGGAGAACUGGACUUUGAAGAGAGAGAGAGCUACACAAUUGGGGUGGAAGCAAAGGAUGGUGGACGACACACUGCGCACUGUAAAAUACAAAUAGAUAUUUUGGAUGAAAAUGACAAUGCCCCUGAGGUAACCCUGGAUUCUGAAUCUAAACAUAUUCAAGAAGAUGCUGAGCUGGGGACUGUUGUUGCCCUGAUCAAAACACGUGACCUAGAUUCUGAAUUUAAUGGGGAAGUUUUCUGCCAACUAAAAGGAAAGUUCCCAUUUAAAAUAGUUCAAGAUACAAAAAAUACAUACAAGUUGGUCACAGAUGGAGCCCUAGAUCGAGAACAGACUCCAGAAUACAACAUCACCAUCACAGUCACCGAUAGGGGAAAUCCGCCUCUCUCCUCCAACGGAAGUGUCACCUUGAACAUCAUCGAUGUCAACGACAACGCGCCAGUUUUCGAACAGGCUUUCUAUUUGAUCCACGUGGCUGAGAACAAUCCUCCAGGCGCCUCUAUUGCCCAAGUCAGCGCCUUUGACCCGGAUCUGGGACACAACGGCCGCGUCUCCUACUCCAUCGUGGCCAGCGACCUGGAGCCAC